GUCGUGCCGGCGCGACUGUCGUACUUGGCCAUAUACAAUCCAUCGCUCGGCCCAACCGAUGAUACCUUUGAAGAGCAGCUCGUUUUCUACUAUGCGCGUGCUGCUCACGAGGCCCGAGCGGCCGCACGAAAGAAUGCGCGCAAUGACAAAGCUGGCGGCGAUGCCAUCCGAGAUGAGGACAAUCAGAAGUUGCGGCGUAUAGGACUUGCCCAGGGCAUGGUAAAUUUCGCGCGGAGCUUCUCUGACGGCCAGCCUGUCGACCACAUUGAUACAGAAAAGACGCGCACAGUCCUGCACGAGCUGGAGCUGGGAUGGUGGAUACUGGCGUCUAUUGAUCUGACCCAACUACCCGGCAUUCCACAGUCGCCGCCCGUUGAGUCUUCUAAGAAAGGCGCAGGAAAAUCCAGCUCCAAACCUGCCAUAGAAUACUCCUCGAGAGAAGUGAGUCCGCCUGCACUCCUGAUACAGCAGCUGAUGCAAGCGCACUACGUCUUCACCCUGCAUCAUGGGCCUAUGACUGAGCUCUUUAUGCGCCUUCGUCGUGACAAGUUCUGCAUGGUCCUAGACAGAUUCUGGUCUCGAUUCUCGCGAACAUGGGACGUAUUGCUACACGGCAAUCCCGCGACUGACAUAUUUGGCGGCUUGAAGCUGUCAAGCGGAGGCGAGCUUGGAAUGGGCGUUGGCGAGGAAGAAUGGGGCAGUGGCGAGCGCGAUGUCCUGGAAGACUUGACCCGCAGAACAGAAGGGCUUGUUGAUCUCGUCGUGUCACGUUUCGGAGACACUGCGCCUUCCAAAGAAAACGUCAAUAUCUCCGAUGCCGAAGCGUUACCAUGGAUGGGCAGCGGGAACCUUCCACUUGCUAGUGAUGGAGUCAUCUUUGGGGGUAUCAGUGCAAUCACCAAGCCCUCGCUCAGGAAUUUGUCAAUCUGGAUGCGUCAAAUAUACUCAUAUGGCGAGUACGCCUACGGCGUCCGCGACAAUCCGCUUCGAGAGCGAAGGAAACGCAGGAAACGAAAUCCCCCGCCCACUUCUGAACCAGAGGUGCGGGGGAAAGCUACAAAAGACCAAUACCCUGUCGAUGAGAGUCCACCGCCGUCUGACACGCCUGGAAUACCUCCGCCGAUAGUCUCUGCAGCAGAGAAGUCUACAAAUAAAGCCACUAAGAAGGCUCAGACAGAAUCGGAAUACACUAGCCAGACUGAUGCAGAUGACUCGAGCACAACUCUUGGCAUUCCGGAUCAGUACAUGAAAUACUUGACCUUUGGACUCAGCACGCUUGCUAAGUCAAAUGUGCCAAGGCGACCAGAAGGGCCAAGAAGAACUUCAACUUCCAGCUCGAAAACGAUCAAGGCGAAUGGCGAAGCGCUGCAGACUAAGAUUGCCACCCAGAAGCGACUGGAGGAAAAGGGACAUUUUCUCAUCGGACUCAAGGGCAAUCUUGAUCAUGCACCCAAGAAUGAUGAGACAGAUAUUGACGAUCUUGAGGAUGACGCAGAAGGUCCACGGAACGUGCUAAGAACAUUGCAGGUUGAGCUAAAUCCUGUCGCAGGCGAUGAGCCCACGCCUCUACAGCACAAAUUGAGCGAAGCUGGGCUUUCCGCCGGCCGCGACGAUCCUGAGGACUUGAGACGACUUCGAGUUCUGGUUUAUGUGCACCGGCCUUUCAUGUACUGCUUCCUUUUCGAGCAGCGGACUCCAUCAUUGACUAUUGCACGAUUCUACAAGGACCUGCACCAGACCCUGAUGCCUAUACACAAGCCACUUCUGACGUCUACAAAUGUUGCCAGGGUUGCGCAGCGGAUUGAAGAUGCCCAAGCUUCCUCCUCGGAUAGUGCAAGCAUCACAAGUGGCGGCAAAGCCAUGAAAGACCAGGAGCCAUCGCGGAUAUAUGACCUUAUAUACGACCCAGCACUCCUGACAGUACAUACAAGCAUACCCAACAUACCUGAUCCUGGAACACCAGCCGCGGAAGGGAUCAUCUCUGGUCGGAAAGAUACUGGUCUGCCAGGCUGGUCCGCAUGGACCAGAAUUGAAGCUCUCAACGUUCACAGCCAAAUCCUCAACACCCUGUCAAGCACUCGACGCAAUCCCCACGAGUACGAGCGUACUAGCAAGACGAGUCGCGGUUGGUGGGUAGUCUGGAUGAAGCUUGCUCCAUCACCUGCGCCAGUCCCUCUCAAACCCGUCGACUCAGAUGACACAGUAACCCCUUCAACUAAACAUCCUUCGACCGCCGCCACAGCAAAACCUCAACCUGCAAAUCGCAUUGCUUUCCUAGUUCGCAAGGCUUCGGACACGAAAGAGAGUAAGACUGUCGCAAGCAGCAGCAGCGGCAGUAGAGCUGCAAGCAGCAUGUGGAAUGCUCUGACCCUGCGUCCGACUUCGACUAGUGACGAGAAUACCGGCGGUACCGGUGGUACCGGUGCUGCAUGGAGUCCUGCUGCACUUGCUGGCGGAAUCGGGUUCGAUGCCAGGAAAUAUGUUGAAGGGUUGCUGAGUCUCAAUCGGUGA